UCAGUGGCUCUAGUCUGGUUGGCUACGCCCUCUUUUCAGCCCCAGUGACCGCGGUAACAGGCGGUGGGCCAGAUGUGGGGCGGGAGGGCUCGGGCCUGGCUCCGGGGGUGGGCGGUGUGGCCCGCAGGGGUCCCCGGAAGGAGGCUGCUAAGCUGCAAUGCUGCGUCGCAGGCGGGUAGCCCCUCGUCCAAGUGCUGGGACUGCAGCCAGGAGGCCCCAGGGGUGGGAGACGGGUUCUUCUGCGCGCAGUGCCGCGCGCUGCAGCCUCCUGACCCCACUCGAGACUACUUCAGCCUAAUGGACUGCAACCGAUCCUUCAGAGUUGACACUGCAAAACUUCAACACAGGUACCAGCAACUGCAACGUCUUAUCCACCCAGAUUUCUUCAGCCAGAAGUCCCAGACUGAAAAGGAUUUCUCAGAGAAGCAUUCCACCUUGGUGAACGAUGCCUAUAAGACUCUUCAGGCUCCCCUGAGCAGGGGACUAUACCUUCUAAAGCUCCGUGGUAUAGAGAUUUCUGAAGGGACAGAUUUUGAAAUGGAUGGGCAAUUCCUCUUGGAGAUAAUGGAAAUCAAUGAAAAACUUGCAGAAGCUCAAAAUGAAGCUGCCAUGGAAGAGAUCGAAUCCACUGUCACAGCUAAACAGAAGGAAUUUACUGAUGAUGUGAGCAGAGCUUUUGAACAAGGACUCAGAGUCUUGCUAAAGAAACAAACUAUGGACUGAAGACAGUGAUGGGGCCAGCAGAUGACUUCAAAAAAGCCAAGGAGAUUUUAACAAAGAUGAGAUACUUUUCAAAUAUAGAAGAAAAGAUCAAGUUAAAGAAGAUUCCCC